CUCUCUCUCUCUCUCUCUCUCUCUCUCUCUCCCUCUCUCUCUCUCUCUCUCUUUUUCUCUCCCACUUUCUCGAUUUGAUCGCAUCCUCCGCGUAAUCGAGGAGGCUCGAGUUUUCCACGGCGUUCAAUAAAUUCGUGACAUAGGAAGGAAGAAAGUGAAACUGGAUCGUGCAGAUCGCGAUCGUGAUCGAGGCCGGUCGCCUAGUUCCGGCGGAAUACCGACUUCAAAGCACGAUAAGGGGACCGGGCGGCUACUGGAAGUGGAGAACGUAUGGUUGCGUAAGUUCAGGAAGAAGCUGGCGCUGCGAGAUAAACGACGAAGAAAGAAACUUUCUUCGCGGAUGAGAUCGAAGCUCUGUGGAAAGAAGUAGAAGACGAGAGAGAAAGAGAGAGAGAGAGAGAGAGAGAGAGAGAGAGAGAGAGAGAGAGAGAGAAAGAGAGACAGAAUAGAGGAACGCUGAAGAAAGAAGAGAAGGUUUUCUACAAUCGCGAGGGAGGCUGUACAACGAAAGAGGGUAAUUAAUAGGAACGGUUGUACCAAGGGAAAUUGAGAAAAACUGUAAACUCUUGUCUAGAGGAAAGACAGGAGGCUGGCGGGAAAAGACGAUGCCAUUGAUCAUCUGAUCGUUCCUUUCGCGACGAAAGCCGAUCGUAGAGCUUGAUCCGACCAAGGGCGACCUUGAACAAGAUGGUCACGAGGGCGCUGCUAUUACUCUCGCUGGUCCUCCUCGGUGCCUUCGACGCGCCUGGCAUCGAGAGAGCCCACGUCCGGCACUUGGCGAUGGCCGGUAACGCCUGCAACGCCUGCAGGAUGCACGAGGAGCUUCGCGCGCUCAGUUUAGAAGCGAUCAAGGAGCAGAUCCUGAACAAGCUCGGCCUGAAGCAGGCGCCGAACAUGACGGGCCGGGCUCUGCCGAGGAUCCCGCCGAUCUCGAAGCUGAUGGACAUGUACGGGAUGCAGGCCGACCAGCCGCAGCCUCUCGAGCCCGGUAUCACGCACCACGAGGAGGUCGACGAAUACGCCGCGAAGACGGAGAGUGUCUUUGCCUUGGCGCAGCCCCAUCAGAGGCUAAGGCACUCGAAGGGCAGCCUGGACGUGCUGUACUUCAAGUUCUCCGAUAAGGUCGUCCAGCAUCGCGUCACCAGGGCAGAGCUGUCUCUGUGGAUAUGGGGCCUUAAUCAGGAAGCGACGGAGCUCGGCGAGUCGAUCGAUCUGGACAGCCAGGACGCCGGUCCGGUGACGAUCACGUUGCAGAGGAUCCUUCGGGGCGCCACCGAGACGGGCGGGCCCCUUCUGGGCCCACCUCUGACCACGAAGCACCCUCGGCCGUUUGGACGGCGGGGUGGCUGGAUCACGAUCGAGCUCAGACGAAUGGUGGCGGAGUGGUUCAAGCACCCGAGGGAUAAUCUGGGGGUCGCCCUGAAGAUCAUCGGGCCCGGCAGCAAUCAUCGCAGGAACUCGGCCCGCCUGGUCGAGACCAAUCCCGGCGCGGAGUACGCUCCAUAUCUCGAGGUGCAGAUGCAGGAACUCGAUUUGCGACGGAGCUCCAGGAUCAAGAGGAACGUGGGACUCAAUUGCGACGAGGCCAGCCAGGAGACCAGGUGUUGCCGAUACAAGCUCACGGUGGACUUUGAGAAGUUCGGCUGGGAUUGGAUAAUCGCACCCAAGAAAUACGAUGCCAAUUACUGCUCGGGCGACUGUCCGAUGGCUUUCCUUCCGGCCUAUCCAAACACGCAUAUCGUCAGCCUGGCGGAACCGCCGAACAACACCGGGCCGUGCUGCGCACCUAGGAAACUGUCCGAAAUCACAAUGUUGUAUUUCGACAACGAGUACCAGAUCGUGUUCUCGCGGUUGCCGGGUAUGGUCGUCGAGAAAUGCGGGUGCUCAUAGUCCACCUUCGUUUCUGGCAGAACGAAUGAGACGUGGGCGGCGCCGAGAGUUCCGCACGGAUACCGCGAUGCUCUCCCGAUGAUCCUCGUCAUUGUUCUCGUCAAUCGUCGUCGAUUGUCGCCGUCGUGUUCACGGCGAUUCCUCAUCCGAUAGACUGAAAGUGCCUUGUUCGGAGAGUGAUUGCGUGAUGCGGAUCUCUUUGGAGCGCGGAGGAAGAACCGCAAAGUGCGCGGGUAGGCGAUGUGUGGUGAUUCGCGAGGGUCCCCUCAAAGACUGUGCUGGAUGCCAAGGGAAGUCCAAAGAGGGACUCGCGCCGUGUCAGAGGCACCUCAACGGUGGUCCAUGGUCCAUGGCAAGGCGGAUAGUUCCUAGAGUCACGGUAUUAUUUUUAAGAUGCCGAUACGUUUGCACUUGAUCCACAAUCCCGAUCACGGCCGCGGAAUUACGAUUCCCUCAAACGCGAAUUUCUUAUUCCUGUCCCAAGUCAAGGAAGGUAGUAGAGUGGGAUAUUUAUAACGCUUGUAGUUAUUACGCAAGCGUUGUAUUCGCAGAAGCUAUGACAUGGUUUUGCCAACAAGCGGCGUAAAACUUUGUUGAAAUUUUCACUAUUGCGUCGCGGCUCGCGCGCAGAUUAGGAAGGAUGCAAUGUGGCCGUUUCGCGUGCCUAAUUGUGUUCACGAGAUGCGUCGUUUUUAUCUCUCGCUAUUUCUUUACGUUGUACGAACGAAAUGCGUUGUUACUAAAACGAAGGCCGUCGAUAAUCGGUGGAAACGUGUUGGCCAACAGAUCUCGGUGUACAGUAAAAUCGUUGUUUUUUUUUCUAAUGGUUUUUUUUCCUCUCUCCUUCCUCGUCUUUCUACAAUAUAUUAUAUAUAGAAAUAUUUCUGUCAUUACGAUCGUUUUUUUUAGCGAAUUGUGAGAGUGCAUGUGCGAGAGAGCGUGUCGAAUUAUGUAAAUAAGUCGUAGCAGGCAAGAAUGUGGUGUUGCUCCGCUGACACUCCCACGUCCUGGGAGGAACCAACGAGGAUGUUACUCGUUUUAGUGGCGGAGAACCUCAGCCCUCCUAGUUUUUCUAACGCGAGCACGGCUCUAAGUAAGUUGUAAUUAUACGGCGCCAAUAUCCGGCUAAUCGCGCUCGGGACUUUUUAUAUCGCGGCAAUAUUGGAAAGUUCACAUCCACGUUCCCGUCAUUCGUCACGCCCGCGGAACGAGUGUCGAGCGUUUAUUUCUAGAUAAAUAAAUAUUAUUCGCGCGAACGAAUGCGCGACGCGGGCCUGAUUUUCGUAGCUUUCUUCGUAACUUACGGUAUUAAUAGCUGCAUUUUAGCUGCGUCGGGUGCACUCGUCAAGAAGGGACGACGACUUUUUUUGGAACGUGUCCCUUCCUAUUCCACGCGUUGUACAAUCUACCCAAAAAAAAGAGAGAGAGAGAGAGAUUGACAAGCGUCUUUAGGCAAAAUUAUUCUAGGGGUAUCUCGACAAGCGCUCUUAUUAGUUUUUAUAGACUCAUUAGGUUCCGUCCCUGAUCCUCGGGCAUAAUCGCUAUUAAUCACCACGGUGACAGAGAGGAUCAGUGCCGUAAUUAUGUAUAGACGUAUCCCCGACGCUUCAACAAUUCCACUUAUGUGUAGCGAUUGAAACCAAUAUAAUUUCGAUAAGUUCAGACCUCCGCGGUGAAUCGAAAAGCGGGAAACGACCGUUUUUAAUAAAUAGGGUAUCGUUCCUCUGACAACCCGGGUAACAUCGGGAAUUGAACUUGUUGAGAUUCUACCGAUUUCAAUCCCUCGUUGUAUAGCGAUCUUCAAAAUCCGGGAACAUACUUGAAACUUCUCAUGUUAUCAGAGCUAACACUUAACUCCACAUUUUCCCCUCGGCUUCGAGUCAAGUGCACUGUAGCUACAUUUUGUAAAAUAGUAUACGAUAUACGAUGGACUUGCGCGCACCGUCCCUAAACUUCAUGUGAUUGUAAAGGAAAAAAGUCACACGCGACACACCGCACACAAAAUACAAACACACACAUUAACACGCACGUGCUCGCCCGCGCACACACAUGCACACACCCACACCCACACACAUACACACACACACAUACACACACGCACGCACACGCACACACACACGAGUUUAUAAAGAAAACUUUGCGAUUUUUAUAAAGCGAUCAUUUAGAACGUAAGAGAGAAAGCUCCUUGAAAAAUCGAUUCUUUUAUAAUUCCUCUUCCUCCCCUCCUGUCAAGCUGUCCUUGUCUCUUCUCCGGCCAUUCCUUUUACUCCUUCGUAUCUAUUACACUUCCCAUUUUCAGUUUUGUUUGUCUCAGUGUAUCAAUAAUUAAAAAGAUAAGGGAUUUGCUUAUCCCCCGCUCCCCAGAUAGCGAACGAGGACGGCAGAAAAAUGCAUACUUAUAUGUAUAAUGUGUACUUCCUAGGUAGGCACACAGCGCAUAGAUAGAAAAAUAUUUAUUCCAUAAAUAAAUGGUUUUUCGAUGAG